AUGGCAAAAGUCGACGAUUUCAACGACAGACAAACCCAGAUUGACGCGGAAAACGAACCGUACCAUCAAUAUGAGUACCAGACAGAGGAGAAUGAAUCGUGGGCAGGAGCUCUGCCGGUGAAGCAGGGAUUGUAUGAUCCAGGACUGGAGAAAGAUGCUUGUGGUGUCGGGUUUGCCUGUCACAUAAAGGGCAAGGCGAGCCACAAGAUUGUCAGCGAUGCGCGGAAUUUGUUGUGUAACAUGACCCAUCGUGGUGCAGUGGGAUCAGAUGCGCGAGAUGGAGAUGGAGCAGGUGUCAUGACUUCGAUUCCCCACAAAUUCUUCAUUAAGAAUUUCGAACGCGAAACGGAUAUCAAGCUUCCUCCUUUGGGGCAAUACGCUGUGGGAAAUCUUUUCUUCAAACCAGACGAGGAGACGUUGCAUGAAUCAAAGAGACAAUUGGAGGAGAUCUCAGAGUCACUGGGGUUGAGGGUAUUGGGAUGGCGAGAGCCUCCUAAAGAUUCUACUCUUCUUGGUCCCGCUGCUGCUUCUCGUGAGCCUAUCAUUUUGCAGCCGUUCGUUGUGCUAGCAUCUGCAUAUGGUUAUGGCAAUUCGCCAGAGACCACCGACCCUGAUCAUUUUGAUGAGAAAUACUUCGAAAGACAACUUUACGUGCUCCGAAAGCGUGCGACCCAUACCAUUGGUCUGCACAACUGGUUCUAUUUGUGCUCAUUGUCUAACAAGAAUAUUGUUUACAAGGGCCAACUUGCGCCUGUGCAAGUUUACCAGUACUACUAUGAUCUGGUUAAUGCCGAUUACGAAGCCCAUUUCGCUCUCGUGCAUUCUCGUUUUUCUACCAACACGUUCCCAUCUUGGGAUCGUGCUCAGCCAUUGAGAUGGGCUGCUCACAAUGGUGAAAUUAAUACAUUGCGAGGGAAUAAGAACUGGAUGCGAGCUCGCGAGGGUGUCAUGCAGUCAGAUAUUUUUGGUGACGAGCUUGAAUCGCUCUACCCAAUCGUUGAAGACGGUGGCUCUGAUUCAGCCGCUUUUGACAACGUUCUCGAAUUGUUGACCGUCAACGGCGUUCUCUCCCUUCCAGAAGCUGUCAUGCUUAUGGUCCCAGAAGCCUGGGAGGACAACUCCGCAAUGGAUCCUGCCAAGGCUGCUUUUUACGAAUGGGCAGCUUGCCAGAUGGAGCCAUGGGAUGGACCCGCUCUCUUCACAUUCGCAGAUGGAAGAUACUGCGGUGCAAACCUGGACAGAAAUGGUCUUCGCCCUUGCAGAUACUAUGUGAUGGACGAUGAUAGGAUUAUCUGUGCCUCAGAAGUCGGUACUAUUCACGUGGAUCCCGAGCGUGUAAUCCUCAAGGGUCGACUGCAGCCUGGAAAAAUGUUGCUCGUCGAUACUCUUGCUGGACGUAUCAUUGACGACAGUGAACUCAAGAGCACCGUCUCUACGCGCCACGACUUCAGAGCAUGGCUGCAAAAGGAAUUGUUGAACCUACCGAAGGUUCAUGAAGACCUCGUCAAGAACGGCUCGGUCGACUUGGCCCCAAAGCCAGAUGCUUCUACAAUUCAGGAAGACCCUAUGCUGAGAGCAUUCGGGUACUCCUUCGAGCAAGUUAGUUUGCUCCUAGGUCCCAUGGCUUCCGACGAAAAGGAAGCACUCGGUUCCAUGGGUAACGAUGCUCCACUUGCCUGCCUUGCACAAGCUCCUCGCCUGCUGUACGAGUAUUUCCGCCAACUCUUCGCCCAAGUCACCAACCCUCCGAUCGAUCCCAUUCGUGAGGCUAUUGUCAUGUCGCUGCAAUGCUAUGUUGGACCCCAAGGCAACUUGCUCGAGAUGGACUCUUCUCAGUGCGGUAGACUACUUCUUCCCACUCCCGUUCUCUCGAUACCCGAGUUCAAUGCACUCAAAAACAUCAACAAGUUGAACUCUGGAUGGACCGUCAAAGUUAUUGACUUGACGUUCCCCAAGUCUGAGGGAGUUGAGGGUUACAUCAGGCACCUGGACGAAAUUUGCGAGCAAGCUACCGCAGCAAUCAAUAACAAGGACCGGAUUAUCAUUCUCUCUGAUCGUGCCACAUCUGCCGAUCGUGUUCCAGUCUCUGCACUCCUCGCAUCUGGAAUGGUACACCACCACUUGGUUAAUAACAAGUGGAGAUCUCUUGCUGCGCUCGUCGUCGAGACCGCCGAAGCACGUGAGGUCCACCACAUGUGUGUCCUCGUUGGUUACGGCGCUGACGCCAUCAAUCCAUACCUGGCCAUGGAGUGUAUCAUCAAGCUGAACCGUGAGGGUCUUAUCCGAAAGAAACUCACCGACGAUGAACUUAUUCGCAACUACAAGUACUCUGCCGAUGGUGGUAUCCUAAAGGUCAUGAGUAAAAUGGGCAUCUCCACCUUGGCAAGUUAUAAGGGUGCGCAGAUUUUCGAGGCACUCGGUGUAGAUGACACUGUUGUUGACCGCUGCUUCAAGGGAACGGCCACCCGAAUCAAGGGUAUCACGUUUGAGCUCAUAGCUGAGGACGCGUUCAGAUUUCAUGAGAAGGGUUUCCCAUCCCGAUAUACAGUCAGUGUUCCAGGUCUUGUCGAGUCAGGCGAGUACCAUUGGCGCGAUGGUGGAGAGCCUCACAUCAACGACCCGACCUCCAUCGCCAACAUCCAAGAUGCAGUCCGCACAAAGAACGACAAGUCCUACGAGGCGUACUCACUUUCCGAAUACGAGCAGAUCAAGUCUUGUACCCUUCGAGGUCUUCUUGACUUCAAAUUUGACGAGUGCGCUCCAGUACCCAUUGAUCAAGUCGAGCCAUGGACAGAAAUCGUGCGAAGAUUCUGCACAGGUGCCAUGUCCUAUGGAUCCAUUUCCAUGGAGUCACACUCUACCCUUGCUGUUGCCAUGAACCGUCUUGGCGGAAAGUCCAACACUGGAGAAGGUGGUGAAGACCCAGAGCGGUCCGAGAGAAUGCCGAACGGCGAUACCAUGCGCUCUGCUAUUAAGCAAGUCGCUUCCGGACGAUUCGGCGUUACUUCCAACUACCUCGCCGAUUCCGAUGAGCUUCAGAUCAAGAUGGCACAAGGUGCCAAGCCUGGAGAAGGUGGUGAGCUUCCCGGCCAUAAGGUGUCGAAGUCCAUUGCUCGCACUCGUCACUCUACCCCUGGUGUCGGUCUCAUUUCCCCACCUCCACAUCACGACAUUUAUAGUAUCGAAGAUUUGAAGCAAUUGAUCUAUGAUCUGAAGUGCUCUAACCCUCGUGCUCGAGUAUCCGUCAAGCUUGUUUCCGAAACUGGUGUUGGAAUUGUCGCUUCUGGUGUCGCUAAGGCAAAGGCUGAUCACAUUUUGAUCUCGGGUCACGAUGGCGGAACUGGUGCCUCUCGCUGGACCGGUAUCAAGUAUGCUGGGCUUCCGUGGGAGCUUGGUCUUGCUGAGACACAUCAGACUUUGGUGUUGAACGACCUACGUGGUCGUGUUGUUGUCCAGACCGAUGGUCAACUCCGUACUGGACGUGAUGUCGCCAUUGCUUGUUUGCUUGGUGCCGAAGAGUGGGGCUUUGCUACCACUCCCCUCAUCGCCAUGGGAUGUAUCAUGAUGAGAAAAUGCCACCUGAACACCUGCCCUGUGGGUAUCGCCACCCAAGAUCCUGAGCUCCGAAAGAAGUUCAAGGGUACCCCGGAGCAUGUCAUCAACUUCUUUUACUACAUUGCAAACGAAUUGCGAGCCAUCAUGGCCAAGCUUGGCUUCAGAACCAUUAACGAGAUGGUUGGACACGCUGAGAAGCUGAGAGUUCGUGAGGAUCUCCGCACACCAAAGACUCAGAACAUCGACUUGUCCUUGAUUCUUACCCCCGCUCACAAGUUGCGACCUGGUGUUGCCACAUUCAAUGUCCGCAAGCAGGAUCAUCGCCUCUAUGUCAGACUUGACAAUAAACUGAUCUCUGAGGCCGAAUUGACACUCGAUAAAGGACUUCCGUCUCGAAUUGAGUGCGAUGUUGUCAACACUGAUCGUGCCAUGGGUACUUCCCUGUCCUAUCAAAUCUCCAAGCGUUAUGGAGAAGAUGGUCUGCCUAUGGACACUGUCCAUGUCAACAUCAAGGGUUCUGCCGGCCAGUCCUUCGGUGCAUUCCUUGCACCAGGUGUUACCCUGGAGCUGGAGGGAGACUCAAACGAUUAUGUCGGCAAGGGACUUUCGGGAGGACGCCUCAUCAUCUACCCGCCCCGCGCUGCUGUGUUCAAAGCUGAGGAGAACGUCCUCAUCGGCAACGUCUGUCUGUAUGGUGCUACCAGUGGAACUUGUUUCUUCCGUGGUGUUGCUGCAGAGCGUUUUGCAGUCCGUAACUCCGGUGCUAUAGCUGUUGUUGAAGGUGUUGGUGACCACGGAUGCGAAUACAUGACUGGAGGUCGUGUGCUCAUUCUUGGAAGCACUGGUCGCAACUUUGCUGCUGGUAUGUCCGGUGGAAUCGCUUACAUUCUUGAUAUCCAACAAGACUUCAUGUCCAAGCUCAACCCUGAGAUGGUUGAGGCUUCAGGAAUCGAUGAUCCUGCCGAAAUCGCCUACGUUCGCGGCUUGAUCGAGGAUCACCACCAUUAUACCGGUUCUGAGCUCGCUGCCCGUAUCCUUCUCGACUUCAACCGAGCACUUCCUCGCUUCGUAAAGGUUCUUCCAGUCGAUUACAAGCGAGUUCUUGCUGAAGAGGCUGCCAAGGCUGCCGAAGCCAAGCGUGCAGAGUUCCAGAUGCCAAAUAUUCCCGGUCUGCCUGUCCGUGAACACGAGAAGAACAUGAAGGAGAAGGCCAAGCACGAGAAGUCCAGCCUUCAAGAUAUCGAGGAGACCGUUGGUGAUGCAGCGGUGGAGAAGAAGAGAUCUCUUGUCUUGGAUAAGACGAAGGGUUUCAUGAAGUACCAGCGUCGCUCUGAGAAGUACCGCUCAGCCAAGACCAGAACUCGCGAUUGGGCCGAGUUGUCCAAGCGUCUCGACGAAGAUGAGCUCAAAUACCAAGCUGCUCGCUGCAUGGACUGCGGUGUUCCUUUCUGUCAGUCUGACUCUGGCUGCCCAAUCUCCAACAUUAUCCCCAAAUGGAACGAGUUGGUUUUUCAAAAUCAGUGGAGAGAUGCUCUCAACCGUCUUAUCAUGACAAAUAACUUCCCCGAAUUCACUGGACGUGUUUGUCCGGCUCCUUGUGAAGGCGCCUGCGUCCUCGGUAUCAACGAAGACCCUGUCGGUAUCAAGUCUAUCGAGUGUGCGAUCAUUGAUCGAGGCUUCGACAUGGGAUGGAUGGUUCCUCAGCCACCAAAGGUCCGCACCGGCAAGACUGUUGCUAUUAUUGGAUCUGGACCAGCUGGUCUCGCUUGCGCUGAUCAACUCAACAAAGCCGGCCACACGGUUACUCUCUACGAGCGAGCUGAUCGUCUUGGUGGGCUUCUCAUGUACGGCAUUCCCAAUAUGAAGCUUGACAAGAAGAUUGUCAAGCGCCGUACCGAUUUCAUGGCUGCUGAAGGUGUCGUAUUCAAGACAGGAGUCGCCAUCGGAGACCAGAUCACCCUCAGCGACCUUAAGGCUGAGAAUGACGCGGUGGUCAUUGCUACUGGUGCCACAGUUGCUCGUGAUCUUCCCAUCAAAAACCGAAAUCUCGAGGGUAUCCACUUCGCCAUGCAGUUCCUCCAUAAGAACACGAAGUCUCUUCUCGACUCUGAGCUUCAAGAUGGCGAGUAUAUCUCAGCCAAGGGAAAGAAUGUUGUGGUCAUUGGUGGUGGUGAUACUGGAAAUGACUGUAUCGGUACUUCCGUCCGUCAUGGUGCUAAGUCAGUUACCAACUUCGAGUUGCUGCCACAGCCACCUAACGAGCGCGCUCGUGACAACCCAUGGCCACAAUGGCCCAGAAUUUACCGUGUAGAUUACGGCCAUACUGAGGUCAAGCAACACAUGGGCCACGAUCCUCGUGAAUUCUGUGUCAUGUCAGAGGACUUUGUCGAUGAUGGCGAAGGUAAGGUUAAGGGCAUCAAUACCAUUCGGGUUGAGUGGACCAAGUCUGCAACUGGCGGAUGGGACAUGAAAAAGAUUGAGGGCUCGCAACAAUUCUUCCCUGCCGAGCUUGUUCUUCUGUCCAUGGGCUUUUUGGGUCCCGAGGACCGUGUUCUUGGUGAUGAAGUCGAGAAAGAUGCUCGCAAGAACGUCAAGACUCCGCCUGGCAAGUACCAUACCAACGUGGAAGGUGUCUUUGCUGCCGGUGAUUGCCGUCGUGGACAGUCCCUCAUUGUUUGGGGCAUCAACGAAGGUCGUCAAUCUGCACGCGAGGUCGAUCUCUACCUGGAAGGUUCCACCAGUCUUCCUGUCACUGGGGGUAUCGUCAAGCGAACGGCGCAGGAGAUUUUUGGCAAAGACCAUGCAAAGGAGGUCCAAGGUCGCGCUGAGCGUGCACCUACUCAGGUUACUGCAGCAGCAUCUUAA